UCCUAUCUACAAUAACAACAGCUGGGAGAAGCUAAAGAUGGCCGCCGCGACCAUGGCGGGGCUCGACGCCCAUAGGAUGGAGGAGAAGAAGUUCGAGUAUUUCUCCUCCAUCAACUCCAUGGCAAAUAAAAUAAUGCAGGAGCGGGAGAAGAUCAAGAACCAGCACGGCUCGUCGUGGGAGACGAUGACGCCGCUGGAGCAGGACGACGCCAUCGACAACGGGAUGAUGGACCCCCACGUCCGUGCCCGAUACGCUAUGCACAGAGUGGACCGUGAAGAAGUGGUCUGUUACCCGAAACUGCUCAUUCAGACGGGUCAGAAGAUCGUCCAUUUCGGAGAAGAGGAUAUAACCUGGCAAGACGAGCAUUCUGCCCCCUUCUCAUGGGAAACAAAGAGCCAGUUGGACUUCAGCUUGACACCGGGCUCUGGAGAACAGGGGCUUUCAGCUGCACAGGGAGACUCAAAGGCUGCAAAGGCUCCUCAUCCAAGCCAGCUUGGCAAGAGUACUCCAGGAACCAAGGUGUCUGUAAGCGAGGGACGCAGGCCCGAGGAAGAGUCAUCUUUCUGGAAGAUCACGUCUGAGAGGUCCAGGCUGGAGGGAGAAAAAGCCGACUUCCAGUCCCUAACGCCCAGCCAGAUCAAAUCCCUUGAGAAAGGAGAGAAAUCACUCCCGUCUUACCUCCGACAGGAGACUUCCAAGGAGCCUGAGGCAGCAGAGCCUCACCCUCCACCCGCUGCCCGGCCCGCCAAGCAGCGAGCACCCAAACCUCCCGCUCCCCCGCCCCCUAUCCCCGUUGCUGUCAGUGCAACACCUGCUUCCAUCUCCAUCACCCCAAACCCGACUCCUCUGGUGAGCGUGUCGUCGUCGGUCGCAGGCUGGGAGCGGUCUCAGAGCACCCUACCGUCGGUCGGCCACACCGUGGACGAAGUGUUCUCCUCCAGCAUCAUGUCCAAGUCCCCCAGCCAACCCAGCAGUGGGGAGAGAGAGAGGGGGGACAGUGGCUCAGCCUCCAGCCCCACGUUUGGCCAGUUCAACACAAGCAACAACAUCCUAAAGACCGGAUUCGACUUCUUAGACAACUGGUAACCCCGCAGCACCAGACCAGUCGCCGCUCUGAAUGAAUCAUUCUCCUCAUCGUUCACCCUGAAGACGGACCACACACACAUCUAAGACUAGAUUUAACAUCACCAGUUCUUAAGUUGACCACAUUACGUUUCUUGUAAUUAUCUCUCCGUGGCUUGUUAAGACAUUAUCUCACCGACUGUGUGCUGGUGCCCCCCCCCCUCCAAACCCCACCCACCCAUCCCACUAGAAAGGCUCCCUUUACUCUCUUUGUUUGCCUGCCAAAUCCCCCUCCCCACUAAAUACAGAUCAUCGCAGGGUUAGAACCUCAAAGAUUGUGUGUGUGCUCUCCCUGACUGUGCAUUCACCCUGCUGUCAGCUCGCUCGGACAAUUCUGACCUACGUCUGUGUUCACCUUUAUGUCACUGGCUGCACGUCUGAGGGGCCAUUAGAGCUACUUCAGAUGCAAACAUGAAACACUAAAGCUAGUUACCGCUCUGCCUCUGAAACUAUGCCCUGAUAGGCCAGCAGCCUGGAAAAUGGAGGAGAUCAGAUUUGUGAUUUGGGAUCUACUUUACCUUUUCCCUCCCAGAAAUAAGACACUUUAAGUUUUAGAUGUAAAUAUGCGUUCUUUCUUUUCUUUUACCUGUUCUACAAAUCAUGUCUUUUUUUUUCUGCCUGGUUGUUACCUUUUAAUCACGGUACGAUUGUUUUUGUUAACUUUUCUCUCUAGCUAAAAAUGUCCUAGCUAGCUACUGCUGCUCCACAGGGAUAGUAACGCCCUCCUCUCACCUUUAAAUUCUUUAGAUUCUAGUUUAUAGAAUAUAAGGCGUUGAAGCUCACUUCAUACCUGCCAUUAGGCAGAGAAAUUAAAAGUUCCAAAUCUCAGUAAGGCUAAAUCAUGCAUUAUCCGAUUGAUAGAAGCUGAGUUUAGUCAGUGAAGGUGACAAAUAGUGUUUUUUAUUAAGUGCUGUGGAGCUGGCCGAGGCUUCAGAUGUUGUUGUCAACAUGGAAGAUGUUUGUUUGGUUACGACCCCAACAGCUGUCGUAUCAUCACGAUUUUAGAAGUUGGUCCAGUGAAAAUCCAAACUUUAAAUGCCAAAGUUGUGAAUCUGGUUUAAAUGGUUAUAUCUUGGGGGGGGGGGGGGGGGGGGGGGGGGGGGGGGGGGCGCAGGUGGUGUGGCAGUUGGUGCACGCCCCAUGUGCAGAGGCUGCAGAGUCCAACCUGCAUGUCCUUCCCCACUCUCUCUCCUCGGUUUAUCACUCUGUCUGCUCUGCUGUCCCUAAAAGUGGAGACGUGGGAGGCCCAAAAUAAACCUGCAUCUUUAAUAAUAAUUGCAAUACGAUUAUCUUGACAUACCAUGAAAGUACUGUACACGUCCAUGACCUUAAAGCAGCGUUGAUAUCCAGAGGUUUGUCAGUUGAGUGAUUCCAUUUUAAAAGCGAACUCUCUGAUGAACGUCUCUUUGGAUAAAAGCGUCUGCUAAGUGAAUUGUAGAAGCGGAGGUCCGGCUGCGUUGUCUUUUGGGAGAAGUUUGUUAACCCCUUGGGAGAAGUUUGCUAUCGGGGGUCUACACAUUAUCAAAGAGUCCGCGGUGACCUCCUGUAACCUGUCCAUCGAGCUGCUUGAGGCGUGAAUGCACAGUCGCGGCGGGACUUGAAUGCCUUCCUGUGUAACUUUUAGACACUUAAACUAGCAAGCAAGUAUAUAUUUUGUACCGUAAAGCAUGUCAAGAUUAAUCCUCUGUGCAAACCCCUCUAGAUCCCCUCGUUCAUUUUUAAUGUUUAUUUUUGUUAUGAAGAAUUGGCUCUCUAUCGUGCUUUUAUUUAUACUUGGUUAUAUAUUCCUAUAAAUCUUAAGAGUUUUACAGCUUCAGUAGCGCUCAGUCUUCUCGACCCACAUAGUACAAUCACACUAGACAAAGCUCCGACUGGUCCUGGAAUUCCUUGAAUGUCUUGGAAUUUUUCCCCAUUACAUCAUUUGACAAGAAUAAAGCAGAAUGUAUCAACACUUUUAUACACUUUCAUAGAAAUAGAUUGUGGUUUUUAGUAAGUGGAAACCAGGCCGUUGACUUUGAAUAGGACUUGGAUAAUAAAAAAAAAUUAAAAAACAUGAAACAUAGUCAUGGAAAACUGAAGGACUGUUUGUCCAGGCUGCAGUGUGAAACUGUUACAGACGUCCUGUUUGGGUUCACCAACACUUCCUCACCCCUUCAGAAAGUGUCACCUUUGACCUCAAACUUGUUGCUGAGCAAAGCGAGCGUGCAGCUAUAAUAAAAA